AUGCUCAACACCAGCAGCCUGAGGACCAGCUCUGACAGCAGUGAGAGCCGCGUCCCGCACCCGGCUCUCCGUUCUCCCCGCGGAGCUCCGCCGGAGCCCGGCCCGCAUUCCUGGCAUAACUCGACUCGACCGCAACCACCCUCCUCCUCCCCAUCACCCCGCUCCAACGGGGAGGAUGAAGCGGCCGCAUCCCGGUCCCCCCGCGCUUCAUCCGGCAGCGAAGGCGAAGGGCAAAGCGGUGCCCACCGUCACCGCGCCGCCCGGAAGAAGAAGAAGGAGAGUGGUGGUUGGGAGAGCCCGGCGGAUGGCGGCGAUGCCGAGGCCGAAGGCUGCGGGAGGGUGGUCCCCCGUCAUCCGUUGCCCGUGGUGGCCCGUGUCUCCAAGGUGAACAUCCUGCCCUUCGGCAGCCCCGGUGGGUCACGGAGCAGCAGUCGUUACUCCAGCACGGAGACGCUGAAGGAAGAGGAACAGUUUGGGAUCUGUUGGCCCAACCAAGGACGGACUCUCCAGGCGGGUUACGGCAUCUACCGAUCACCCAGUUUCGGGACGAGCGAUGGCCUGGCAUGGGGACAGCCGGCCCUCCGCGUCCGUCCCAAGCUACCACAGGGCACAGACAAGGCAAAACUGGACUUUGGGGGUGAGAGCCUGCACCAGCCAGGGCUGGAAGGGGAGCGGGCCAAGCACCGCAAAUCCUUGUCCAACCCCGACAUCGCCACCGAGACCCUGACACUCCUCAGCUUCCUCAAAUCAGACCUCUCGGAGCUGAAGGUGAAGAAGAAAGGGGUGAGGAUUGGCCUUGACGCAGGCUCUGAUGGCUGCUCUGGCAUUGCCAACCCCUCCCCGGGCAGCCACGGCGCUGCUCAGCCCCCCAACCGCUGGGCGCCGGGCGAGCGGCCAACGCUCAAGGACCUGACGGCCACUUUGCGUCGAGCCAAGUCCUUCACCUGCUCCGAAAAGUCGGGGACACGGAGGCUUUUCCUACAGAGCACCAUGAAGCAGAGCUCCUCCGAGCUCCUCCUGGCCACUGCCGACAGCCAGGACCGGGUGGCUUUGGAUGGGGGACAGCCGGGGGAUGAUGAUGCUCUCCCCAUGGUCAUCCAGGACCAGUACAUCCAGGAGGCGAGGCAGGUCUUCGAGAAGAUCAGCAGGAUGGGUUCCCAGCAGGACUAUGGCUUCACAGCCGAGCAGAAGGACAGUGAAAGUGUGGAGGGCACCGAGGUGGUGGCACCGACAGGGACGACGAAUGUGACCCUUCAGGGACGGGCAGAGAGCACACGGUGUUUGAAGGAAGUGGAGUCGGAGAUCAUCACUCGCAGGAAAUCCAUGGAGGAGCUGUCGGGUCACGAGUCGAGCGUGACAGACGAGGGCAUCGUCACGGAGCCAGAGCCCGCGGGGAUGCCCUUCCAAGACCUGCAUGAAGCCGUGGACGCCUGGACGCUGCCCAGUGCUGGGCCAGCAGCCGGGGACACUGAAAUGCCACUGCCCGCUCACCCGGCAGUGGUGGUUGAAGACCUUCCAGCUGGCAAAUCCGAGACACCGAGCACCCCCGGCAGCUUGCGACGUCGACGUAAGUUCCCCUCAGCGGGUGCCAAUGGGAUGGAGGGUGGCAGCGAGGGUGGCACCGAACCCUACCGCUCCCUGAGCGACCCCAUGCCCCACCGGAGAUGCUCGGUGGCGGAGGAAGUGAAGAAUUUCUCCGUUGACAGCAACCUCCUGGGGUCACUGAGCACCAAGGCGGGGAUCCCCCAACCCGCCACCAUUGCAGGCAGCGCAGGCAGCGCAGGCAGCGACCUGUCGCUGGGCAGUGAUGGGCCGCGGGACUACAGCAGCCUCAUCCAAACCAUCGUCAGCCAGCCUGGUGCCAUGGCUAAGCUCAUCGAUGAGAAGGGCAACGGCAAGACCAUCAAGAAGAAGUCAUUGAGCGCCCCCAGCCGCCGCGGUGAGCUGCCGGCCGGUGCCUUUGAAGGUCCCGGUGAGGCCAUCAGCGAGCUGGAGCCCAGCAUCCCACCGUCCAGCAGUGAGCCCAUCCUCUCAGCACAACCAGCAGCACCGGGCACCGGCCGUGGUUAUGGCUUUGACCCCAAGUUGGCAGAUGUGUUGUCCCCUCGCAUUGCCCGGCGCAGCUCCAAGAAGCGCUCCAACCGUGCGGCUCACCAGGAAAACCAACCACCGCCAGCCCACCUCCCUGUGCCGGCUGCUGGCCGCUCACCCGGCAAAUCCUUCCCGACCCUCCAGCCUCCUUCACUGGAGGAUGUCACCAAACGGUACAUGCUGGCCCUCAACUCAGGUGAUGCGUCCCCUGGUCCUGGGGAUGGACCCCGUUCUCCGCCUGCUGCCCCACCGCCCCGGCUGCCUCGGUGCCCACGGCCACCCGACGAACACGGCCCCAGGACCAAGCCACAGGUGGACAUGAGGAAACACGUCAUCAUGACGCUGCUGGACACGGAGCAGUCCUACGUGGAGUCCUUGCGCACCUUGAUGCAGGGUUACAUGAAACCACUGAAGCAGCCAGAGAACUCGCUGUUGUGUGACCCGUCGCUGGUGGACGAGAUCUUCGACCAAAUCCCCGAGCUGCUGGAGCACCACGAGCAGUUCCUGGAGCAGAUCCACGACUGCGUGCAGAACUGGCACGAGAAGCAGAAAGUGGGCGACCUCCUCGUGCAGUCGUUCUCCAAGGACGUGCUGGUGAACAUCUACUCCGCCUACAUCGAUAACUUCCUCAAUGCCAAGGAUGCCGUCAGGAUCGCCAAGGAAGCCCGGCCGGCAUUCAUGAAGUUCCUGGAGCAAAGCAUGCGAGAGAACAAGGAGAAGCAAGCUCUGUCCGACCUGAUGAUCAAGCCGGUGCAGAGGAUCCCACGAUAUGAGCUGCUGGUGAAGGACCUGCUGAAGCACACACCAGAGGACCAUCCCGACCACCCUUUCCUCAUCGAUGCCCAGCGCAACAUCAAACAAGUGGCGGAGAGGAUCAACAAGGGCAUGAAGAGCGCAGAGGAGGUGGAGAGGAACGCCCGGAUUGUGCAGGAGAUCGAGUCCCACAUUGAAGGGAUGGAGGACCUCCAGGCCCCACUCCGCAGGUUCCUGCGCCAGGAGAUGGUCGUGGAAGUGAAGGCGGUGGGUGGGAAGAAGGACCGCUCCUUCUUCCUCUUCACGGACCUGCUGGUGUGCACAACGUUGAAGCGCAAGUCGGGCUCCCUCCGCCGCAGCUCCAUGAGCCUGUACACGGCAGCCAGCGUGAUCGACACUGCCAGCAAGUACAAACUGCUCUGGAAGCUGCCGCUGGAGGACGUGGACAUCGUCAAAGGGGCCUCGCAAGCCACCAACCGGGAGAGCAUCCAGAAAAGCAUCUGCCGCCUGGAUGAAGACCUCAGCACAUUGGGGCAAGUCAGCAAGCUGUCGGAGACCCUCAGUUUCCCCCACCAGACCCUGGAUGACGUGAUCAAGGACCUGAUGGCUGCCAUCCACCGGGAGCUGGCAGAGAAACAAUCCCUGUCCUUCAGCAUGGCCUUCCCCCCCAACAAGGUGGAGCUCAGCACCACCAAAGCUGAUGGCACCGAAUCCUUCAUCUUUGAGUUCCCCAACCCCGAUGCCCGGCUCGGCUUUGAGCAAGCCUUCGAGGAUGCCAAGAAGAAGCUGGCUUCCAGCAAAAACUGCCUGGACCCAGAGUUCCUCAAGGCCAUCCCCAUCAUGAAGACGCGGAGUGGGAUGCAGUUUUCUUGUGCUUCUCCCAGCCACGGCAGUCCGGAAAGCUCCCACGAGGUUUGGGUUUGCAACAGCGAUGGUUACGUGGGGCAGGUUUGUUUGCUCAGCAUCCGUAAGGAGCCCACGGUGGAGGCGUGCAUCGCCGUCUGCUCCGCCAGGAUCCUCUGCAUCGCCUCCGUGCCCGGUCUCAAGCGGGCCUGCUUCUUUCCCCCCUUCCCCUCCCCUCGUCGCGGCAGGGAGCGUGCCGAGCCGGUGGGCAGCCCCUCCUCGGAGCCGAUGCCGGCGCAGCCAGAGGAUGCGGGGCCGCAGCCGUGCCUGCACAUCUCCAUCUCGGGUUCGUCGCUGGAGCUCUCGGAGCCGGUUGACGGUGGCAACAGGGAGCUGGUGCCCUUCGAUAGCGACGACACGGAUGAUGAGUCCUCGCCCAGCCCCUCGGGGACGCUGCAGAGCCAAGCCAGCCACUCCACCAUCUCCUCCAGCUUCGGCAAUGAAGAGAUCCCAAGCUGCAAGGAGGCAACGGCAGAGACGACGAGCUCGGAGGAAGAGCAAGAACCCGGCUUCAUGCCCAUCACCGGCACCUACGGCCAAAACCGGCACGGCGAGAGCCCCACGGAUGGUCGAGCCCUACGCCGCUCCAGCCGCGGCUCCUUCACCCGGGGAAGCCUUGAGGACCUCCUCAGCCUUGACCCUGAAGCGCAUCAGAGCUCCAUGUGGCUGGGCACCGAGGAUGGCUGCAUCCAUGUCUACCAGUCCUCGGACAACAUCCGUAACAGGAAGAACAGCAUGAAGAUGCAACACGCGGCUGCCGUCAUGUGCAUCUUGUACCUCGAUAACCAGGUUUUCGUGUCGUUGGCCAACGGGGAGCUCGUUGCGUAUCAGCGGGAGGCAGGCCGCUUUUGGGACCCCCAAAACUCCAAGUCCCUGUCCCUGGGCUCGCCGGGGAGCCCCAUCACCAAGAUGGUAGCGGUGGCGGGGAAGCUGUGGUGUGGCUGCCAAAACCGGGUCAUCGUCCUCAACACCGCCACGCUGGCGCAAGAGCACACACUCCAGGUGGGACAGGACGGCGGGCGCAGCGUCACCUGCAUGGUGAGCGCAGGGACAGGCGUGUGGGUGGCGCUGCAGAGCAGUGCCCAGGUCCGGCUUUACCACGCCACCAGCUACGAGCAGUUGGCCGAAGCGGAUAUCACCCCUCCGGUACACAAGAUGCUCGCCGGUUCGGAUGCCAUCAUCCGGCAGCACAAAGCGGCGUGCCUGCGGAUCACGGCUCUCCUGGCGUGUAAGGAUUUGCUGUGGAUCGGGACCAGCGCCGGCGUGGUGUUGACCCUCGCCGUCUCGGCCAAGGCGGCCCCGGUACUGGUGGGGCUUUCCCAAGGUCACACCGGUCACGUCCGCUUCCUCACCGCCAUCGAGCUGCCCGACGGCUUCGACGUCCUCUUCCCGUUGCCGAGGGAGACGGGUCUCCCCCGGUGA